CUGCUAUCAAUGCUGUAAACAAACGUAACCUAAUACUAUUUCAUGGUUUGGAACACGGUAGAUAGUGGUAUUUUAUCGUUGAUUGUGAUAGGCAUACAACGUGUUUAAUCGUGUCCCAUGUUUAUGCAACUGUUUAAAUAAAAGUGUAUAAAACACAAAUACGGUAUAAUUUGGUAUGGCAAUAAAAACUCGAAUGUGCCUGAGAGGGAAUUUCACUGUGUUGCAAAUCAUUAAAAAAACGUUCAUUAUAGCUGUAGUGUAUGUGGUGGUUCAAACCUUCAUAGAUUACGUGUGUUCUCGUGAAAUUGUAGAAAGUUUAAAAGAAGAGCCUUAUUUGUUGUUAACUAAUGAUACUGUAACCAAAUAUUACGAGAAACGUAAGCAUUGGGAGACAUCAGUUCUAGGGGCGGCUCUAUUUAAAAACCUGCCUAUAGAGAGAAAACAAGAGAACAGGACGUUUGUCGUGUUAGUAUGGAAAUAUUGGAAUUGGCUGAAGAUUCGGCACCUUGGUGGACAUUCUAACGACGAUCCCCUUGACGACUGCAGCGUAAAGAACUGCAUAUUCACAAGUGACGAAAGUCAAAUUAAUUCCGUGGACUCAGUACUGGUUCAUAUUCAACACGGAGUGUUUCCACAAGUUCCGAAGAGGAACACGUCACAAAGAUGGGUGUUUCUCUCCGACGAGUCGCCAUUCAACACGUUCUCAAUGGCCCAUCCUAAGCCAAGUUUUUCUAGUCUAGCUAAUGUUUUUAAUUGGUCCAUGACAUACAGAAGCGAUUCAGAUGUGCCGGUCCCAUACGGCCGCACCGUGCCUUUGUCACAUUCUCCCCAGGGAAAUCUGACCUCUCUGUCUAUCCCUUACUGGGAGAGCAAACAAAAAGACGUACCGGUUGCAGUAUUGAUAUCCAACUGCGGAGUGACAGAGCGCAUGAAUUAUAUUCGUGAGUUGCAAAGGCAUAUAGAUGUAGAUAUCAUUGGAAAAUGUGCAUCGGAUAAGGGGAAAAGCUGUCCCGGCCACUUUAGAGCAGACUGCCCUAAAAUAAACAACUACCAGUUUUACCUAGCUUUUGAGAAUACUAGAUGCAGGCAAUAUUUUACUGAAAAGGUGUUCUUCAACGCGUACGCUAAAGGUGCAAUACCGAUCGUGAUGGGGCCUCCAAUAUUAGAUUGUGAGAAACUACUGCCUCCCCAGUCAUUCUUACAUGUCGACGAUUUUGCAAGUCCUAAAGAUCUGGCGAUGAAAAUAUUAGAACUUAGCAAGAACGAAGAAAAAUUACUAUCGUUCCAUCAAUGGAGACAUCAAUUUAAAGUAGCUAAUGAACAUGGAUACUUUGGGACCAAAUCAUACCACCUCUGUAGAUUAUGCGAAGCUUUAAAUUUUAAUGAUAAGAAUAAUAAAGAAUAUGAUGAAGAUACUUUAAAACUGUAUUUGGAACCUAAGUUGUUGUGUACUAAAUCUAAUAAAUAGAUUAAUGACGUUAUGGUUCAUUAAUUAAUGGGAA